CGCGUUGCUCUGUUCGCAUUCCUAUAACCUAGCCUCUUGUUUCCGUCUCUUCAUGGGGAAUUUGCCGCCCUCUGCUCUUGGGAUCGAGUCGUUGCCGGUGACUGCUGUGACAGUCUACCGUUCCUCCUCUGCACUUGAGUCCAGUCUGAGUUACUUUUACCAUGUACCUUCACUGGGAUGUUGUGCUUCAGAUAAGGAAUCCCCUGAAAUGCAGUUAGAAGUCAGACCGGCAAAGAACAUUAAUAAAGGACGGUCAAUCGCCACGCCGAAUUUGAAAAAGCAAAACAAAAAGAAAGAUGUUGCCUGCGCCCGCAUCGCCAGUGGGUGCGUUUUUCACGCUGCUCGCCGUGCGGAACACUGCUUAAGUCAGCGCGCAGCUUCCACAACUAAUUAGGUUGGAAUUACUACUCUUUUAUCAAGAUAUACCAGUUCAUGACAAACUGCUGCAUAAAGAAUUUUUUAAAUUUUAUUUGUCAUUUGCCUCCAGUUUGAAGGGAAAAAUGUCCUGUCUUUAUUUGCACUAUAACCUGAGACAAUAAUUAACUUUUACAAAAGUUUACCAUCCAGUCAAUGACCUGGAUGAUGGCACCAAAGGCAUGGUAACUGAGGACUUGAUCUGGAAAGGAAAUGCUGCUACAAAGCAAGGUAUAUAGUUUAAGAGGGCAAAAAAUUGACAAAACUUUUUUUUUGUUUGUCAAAUUUUGGGAAAAUGUGAAAUUGCCCAUUUUUAAAAGAAAAAACAACCAGGUGACCCAUUGGGGCACCCUUUGAGAGAAAGGUAGUACAGUCUUAUGUGAUGGGCUUUGGAAAUAAAAGAAGAAAAACUCAGUUUAUUAAAGAAGAAAGACGCGCAGCAAGACAAAUAUAGCUCCUCCUCAUUUAACGAAGGACAUUUUUGAUGACAACAUUUCUGGUUGAUUUGCCACCCUUCAAGAAUACUCUGUUUUCAUUUCUUUUUCCUCGACUUAAAGCCACAUACAGCUGACUAUGCUGGAACACCGGUUUCUCCAGAUAAAUCAACACAUUCUUCAUGGUUUGGCCUUGUGCCUUAUGUAUAGUCAUAACAAAGCAUGACUGUAUCAGGAACUGGCUCCACUGAAGAGGGACAUCUUCCCCUUCUGAUAAAUUGACAGACUUUAGCUGAGAAGAUCCUUCCAGAGACACAAGCCAGUUUUAGACCAUCAUGUGGAGCAAUCGACAUGAUCUUCACAAUGAGACAACUACAAGAAAAAUGUUGUGAACAACUUCAACCUUUGUACAUGGCAUUCAUUGACCUCACCAAAGCCUUUGACUCGGUAUCAAGGGAACUCCUAUAGGAUGUCCUAUCCACCUAUGGAUGCCCUGAAAAGUACAUUCGAAUCCUGAGACGACUCCACAAUGGCAUGCUUGCCACAGUCAUGGUCAGCAACAGUAACUGAGUCUUUUCAAGUUAGAUCAGGAGUAAAACAGGGAUGUGUGAUUGCCCCAACUUUGUUCGCCAUCUUCGUUGCAACAAUCAUCCACAUCAUCAAGGACGACCUACCCCCAGGAAUCGAAAUUGUCUACAGAACAGAUGGCAGACUUUUCAAUCUUGCCCAUCUCAAAUCCAAAAUUAAGACAUCCACGAAUUCCCUCAUCGAGUUCCAAUACGCAGAUGACAACAGUGUUGGAGCUCUUUCAGAAAACCACCUACAACAGUUUCUGACUGCCUUCAACUGUGCAUACACAAAACUUAGACUUGCCAUCAAUUCCAGGAAGACUCAGAUCAUCUAUCAACCGUCACCAAUUGAGACAAAUCGGAUAGAACCAUCAUUUCAACUUGGCGAAAAAACCCUGGAAAACGUGGACUACUUUCUAUAUCUUGGAAGUCACCUCUCCUCCAAUGUCGACCUUAAUGACGAGAUCCAACAUCGUCUUAAAUGCGCUGGAACAGCUUUUGGAUGUCUCCGAACAAGAGUCUUGCAUGAUCAUGACAUCCGAACAGACACCAAAAUGUUAGUGUACAAAGCAGUGGUAAUCCCAACGCUCCUGUAUGCAUCAGAAACCUGGACAACAUACCGACGACAUCUGAAGGCACUUGAAAAGUUCCAUCAACGCUGUCUUCAAAACAUCUUAAAUAUCAGCUGGGAAGAUAGAAGAACCAACGUCAGUGUGCUAAAUGAACCAAAAACAACAAGCAUUGAAGCCUAUGUCAUCAAGAACCAACUAAGAUGGAGCGGUCAUGUUGUUUGGAUGAAAGACGAAUGUCUGCCAAAACAAAUCUUCUGCUCCCAGCUUAAAGAAGGCAAACAUAAAAGAGAUGGACAACAGAAGAGAUUCAAAGACGUCUUAAAAGCCAACAUGAAGAAAUGUAACAUUGACAUCAACAAUUGGGAAACCAAUGCCAAAGACAGGAAACUCCGGCAAGCCAUCAACCGAGAAGGAACAGCAACUUUCAAAGCCAACAGAUGUGCAGAAUUAGAAGAAAAGAGAAGAAAAUGGAGAGGUGGCAGCAACAACCAAAGCCCAAUCUGCCAUCUGGAACUACCUGUCCUGAAUGCGAAAGAACUUUCAAAGCCAAGAUUGGAUUCCUAAGCCACUUGUGAGCCCAUAAGUAGAUCAACAGAAUGAAGACCAUCAUUCUUGACCUCGGGAUAGCCAUGAUGAUGACAAAUUCUUGGGAUCAUGACAAUUGGCAUGUCGCAAAGGUAAUGCUAUGGUUGUCAUGAGGGAUUUCAACAUGCAGGCAGACUGGGAAAAUCAGGUUGGUAGUGGACCCCAAGAAAGGGAGUUUGUGGAGUGUCUCUGAGAUGGAUUCUCAGAGCAGCUUGUAUUGGAGCCUACCAGAGAGAAGGCAAUUCUGGAUUUAGUGUUGGGUAAUGAACCGGAUUUAAUAAAGGAACUCAAGGAGAGGAGCCAUUAGGAGGUAGUGACUAUAAUAUAAGUUUUAAUCUGCAAUUUGAGAGGGAGAAGGUAAGAUCAGAAGUGUCAGUAUUACAGUUGACCAAAGGAGACUAUGGAGCCAUGAGGGAGGAACUGGCCAAAGUUGACUGGAAAGAUACCCUAGCAAGGAUGACAGUGGAACAACAAUGGCUGGUAUUUCUGGGAAUAAUACAGAAGGUGCAGGAUCAGUUCAUUCCAAAGAGGAAGAAAGAUUCUAAGGGGAGUAAGGGGGUGACCGUGGCUGACAAGGGAAGUCAAGGAUAGUAUAAAAAUAAAAGAGAAGUAUAACAUAGCAAAGAUGAGUGGGAAGCCAGAGAGAUAGUGAAACUUUUUAAAGAGCAACAGAAAAUAACUAAAAAGGCAAUACGGGGAGAAAAGGUGAGGUACGAAGGUGAGCUAGCCAAGAAUAUAAAGGAGGAAGAGGAACAUAGAGGAGGUAAAAGCUUCUUUAGGUAUGUGAAGAGGAAAAAAUUAGUUAAGAGCAAAGUUGGGCCCUUGAAGACAGAAACGGGUGAAUUUAUUAUGGGGAACAAGGAAAUGGCAGACAAGUUGAACAGGUACUUUGUUUGUGUCUUCCCUAUUGAAGACAGAUCCAAUCUCCCAGAUGUAAUAGUGGCCAGAGGACCUAGGGUAACGGAGGAAUUGAAGGAAAUUCACAUUAGGCAGAAAAUGGUGUUGGGUAGACUGAUGGGACUGAAGGCUGAUAAAUCCCCAGGGCCUGAUGGUCUGCAUCCCAGGGUACUUAAAGAGGUGGCUCUAGAAAUCGUGGAUGCAUUGGUAAUCAUUUUCAAAUGUUCUAUAAAUUCUGGAUCAGUUCCUGUGGACCAGCGGGUAGCUAAUGUUAUCCCACUUUUUAAGAAAGGAGGGAGAGAAAAAACAGGGAAUUAUAGACCAGUUAGCCUGGCAUCAGUGGUGGGGAAGAUGCUGGAGUCAAUUAUAAAAGAUGAAAUUGUGGCACAUUUGGAUAGUAGUAACAGGAUCGGUCCGAGUCAGCAUGGAUUUACGAAGUGGAAAUCAUGCUUGACUAAUCUUCUGGAAUUUUGAGGAUGUAACUAGGAAAAUGGACAAGGGAGAGCCAGUGGAUGUAGUGUACCUGGACUUUCAGAAAGCCUUUGAUAAGGUCCCACAUAAGAGAUUAGUGGGCAAAAUUAGAGCGCAUGGUAUUGAGGGUAGGGUAGAAUUUACAAGGAUGUGAGGGGAUCUGAUUGAAACAUGUAAGAUAUUUAGGGAUUGGACAUGCUAGAGGCAGGAAACAUGUUUCCAAUGUUGGGGGAGUCCAGAACCAGAGGCCACAGUUUGAGAAUAAGGGGUAGGCCAUUUAGAAUGGAGUUGAGGAAAAACUUUUUCACCCAGAGAGUUGUGGAUCUGUGGAAUGCUCUGCCUCAGAAGGCAAUGGAGGCCAAUUCUCUGGAUGCUUUCAAGAAAGAGUUAGAUAGAGCUCUUAAAGAUAGUGGAGUCAAGGGAUAUCGGGAGAAGGCAGGAACAGGGUACUGAUUGUGGAUGAUUACAGUGAAUGGUGGUGCUGGCUCAAAGUGAUGGGGUGAAGGGGUAGGUAAAUAGGGGUAUAGACUAAGAACCAUGGUCAAUCACCUUGGGUGCGCCUUAGCUUACUGUUUUGGACAGUCAAAAGGAAGCUUUACUCAGCAACCGGUGACGUACUAGUCAUUGUUCUCUAAAGACAGGCAAAGGCUCAAAUAAGGAACUAUCUGAUCUUACAGAAGCAGCUCAAGGUAUAGCUAAAUAUGGGAAGUAUAGUGUAGGGGCUAGAAUGUUCUGGGGAAAAGGGGAAGGUGUCCGAAUGAGGAACAGAUGGGCUAGCUUUGGCUUAAAAUAAUUAUAACUAAUUGACCAAUGAUUAUUUUGCACCUAAUUGUAUCUUAGCAUGUGAUUGAAAUGAUUCUAAUAUUAUCUAAACUUGUAAUCAUAAGAUUUCCUGCUAACUGAUCAAUGUUAUAAAUUGUGGAGAAUUGUGUAAUUCAGGGGCAGUGUCUGUACUGGCUCUUUUGGGAGAUCAGUCUGAAACUUCCCCCAUAGCAUGCUGUGGGUAAAGAAUAAAGGUUUGAAAAAGAAUUACGUGUGUUAGUGUUUUUGUGCUACUUUUGUCUUUGCAUCGGUGGGUCCAGUACGACAAUUUGGCGAGCCAGCUAGGAGUCCAAGACAAGGGUCUGGUGAGACAGUGUCAGCGGUCGACUAGGUGGCGGUGACCUGAGACAGGUGGGCCCACAAGGUAACCUUGACCUCUCUCAUUAAUUGCCCACCUUGACAUCGCCUCGUCUGGCGGGUAUCCUCUGACGGACUCCUUCCGAAACCUAAGUUGAGGAUCGUCCGAGUACCACAGGUUAAAAGAGGGAGGGAUUAGCGUCCCGGUUGAGUUAUAAGGUAAGGUAAGGGGUUAGAGUCCCCGACGAAGUAUUGUGAGUAUU